AAUCGAUGAUUUCAAGGGAGGUAACUAUCACGCGCUCUCAUUUCCCAAAGCAGCUUUUUUGAAGUUUUGUUGAUAUAUAAUAAGACCUUACAUCACAAGUAUGUUCUACCACGUGUCGUUAGAACAUGAGAUUCUUCUUCACCCAAGGUACUUUGGGCCAAAUCUUUUAAACAUAGUACGACAGAAACUAUUUUCUGAAGUUGAAGGAACUUGCACUGGGAAAUAUGGAUUUGUAAUUGCAGUUACUACAAUUGACAAUAUUGGUGCUGGAAUGAUCCAGCCGAGUCGUGGUUUUGUGGUUUAUCCAGUGAAAUACAAAGCAAUUGUCUUUCGUCCAUUCAAAGGAGAGGUACUUGAUGCAGUCGUAACACAAGUUAACAAAGUGGGAUUGUUCACAGAAAUCGGACCGUUGUCAUGCUUCAUAUCACGUCAUUCCAUACCGGCAGACAUGGAGUUUGACCCAAAUUCUAACCCACCAUGUUACAAAACAAAAGAUGAAGAUGUUGUUAUUCAGCAGGAUGAUGAAAUUCGAAUUAAAAUUGUUGGUACAAGAGUAGACGCUAAAGAUAUAUUCGCUAUUGGUACAUUGAUGGAUGACUACCUUGGACUUGUUAGCUGAGCAGAUCGUUCAGGAAUAUGUCUGGUUUAGUUUUAGAUGUGCAGCAGUUACCAUUUCAACAAGUACAACAUAUGGACAGUCGCUGAAGUUGUGUUACAAAACUAAACAUUUUGAUCUGAACUCGGAUCGUAUGCAAAAAUGAUGCAAAGUGAACUGAAAUAUUCAUGGAAGAGAUUUAAAAGCUCAAUAUAUGUGUGUAAAAUUUAUAUAGUGUCUUUUUGUAGAACAUAUACAUAUAGUGACCCUAGGCCAACAGACCAAAUAACAUUUGAGAAUUUUCUGGAUCAUUUUUGUAUGUAAGAUGAUAUACAUUACAUGCAGCGCAUUUAGCAUGAUUAGCUAAUUAAAAGAUAGGAAAAACUUCCUAGAGAAUACUUUGUGUAUUGUAACACUAACAGUCGUACAUAAAAGUUAUAUUUUUAGGGGUUUUUUUUUUCUAGCAGUUUUACCAUAAUGUGAAAGUAAAUUGGGAACAAUAUUAAACUGUUACAAAGAUGUU